AUGCUACCUGGACAACGAGAUGAACACACCGAAUACCAUGAAUAUGUAGUCGGGCCUGGAGAUCGAGCAAUCAACUUCAACUAUGACGACGACGCCCAAAUACACGAGGACAUGAGAGAGCAGGAGCCUGUGGAAUGGCCGAAUGACCUUUUUUCGCCAUAUGACGAAGCUACAACCUAUCAACUACUUCAAGAUUUGAAACAAGCAAAAGCUUUCGUCUGCCGCGUGUUGGUGAAGCCUUGGAAAGAGGUAGAAGUUAUUCAAGAAGUUGUACUGAAGAACUUGGAGGCUCGGACAAGAAUCUUCUCGCAUCGGAAAGUCAAAGGGGUGGUCUACGUUCUACCACGUCCUGACAUGGCGGAAAUCGACAAUUUCUUCAAUGUCGUAUCGAGCCCGGCUGUCCUCCGCACCGAAUCCGGUGCUACAAUCAAAGAGGCUCUUUCGCAUACGGAGACGAAGGUUCUUCUUUUCAAACAGGAAAAUCCAGCUGAGCCCAAUGCGGGAGGACUCGUACGCAUUCACGGCGACGAUACGUACGAGAACCUGAUGGCAUUCGUGGUCGAAGUCGAACCAUGUUCUCAAGUGGCUCAUCUAUUGGUACUUCGGGCUCCGUAUAAAUAUGUCGGCAAUGAACCCGAAUAUGAUGGAUUCCCGAGCGCAAGAAUUCCCGAACUGGUCACAGAGAACGGCCAGCUUGCGCAUGACGGCCGCAUGUAUGCAUUUGGGCUCAUGAGAGGAAAACUUCCCUUCGACUGUUUACAAUGCGGAAACAUUUGCCCUACAUUUCAAGAAAUCGAGGCGCUUGAGCGAUGCCCAUACGACCCGGUUCGACAGGAGGCUAUUUUCCACAAGCGAAACCAAGUAUCUAAUGGCGACCUCGUCAGGAUCAUAUCCGGAAGGUACCAAGGUCUUGUGGGUUGGGCUGACGAUUUGCGAGCGGAAAGCUGUGGUGUGAUGGCGAGGCCAACAACUUUGGCAGCAGAUACCUUCGGAAUCGAGAUAGCAAAGGAAGAUCUACUGCGUCCGACACUCAAGAAAGGAAAAGACGUGCUUGUUAUCAGAGGUCCCUUCGCGGGAGUGAAGGUAAAGGUUGUCAAAGAUCUGGACAGAUUUCAUGUUCACGCGAAGGUGGUCAAACCUUCCGAAAUAAUGGUUCGGGUCAAAAGCUGGGAGAUUAUCAAAUACGCAGAUGUCGGCGAUUACGUUGAAGUGGAAAGUGGCCCAUAUAAAGGUUGUCAAGGCUAUGUAGGAGCAGAUCAGUGGCAAGCGGCGAGAGUGUUUGUCGACGAUCUGGUCGAGAGACACUUAGGGGACAUCACCCUCUUACAUUCCUGGGUCGUCGUUAACUACAACGACCUAAAAACAAUCCAAACAUGUCGCACGGUUGCGCCAACUGCGCCCAUUGAAGAGGAAAGCAAGGGUGGUUCUUUGUUACAACGAUCUUUGGCGGGGAUGGAGGUGGCCAUCGUCUACCACAAAUUUUUGAAGGGUACCACAGGCCGAAUCAUUUCUUCGUCCAUCAUCGAGUCGAAGCGGGGGAAAAGACGGCUUGUAUACAAUGUGGGCAAGCUUCGCGACAAUUCCUCCUACACCUAUCAAGUCAAGGAACGUCAUCUUCGUGAAUUAUCCACUGGUUUGCCGAUAGUGAUCGCCGCACGAUUGCACAUGAUCGAUUCGAAGCCGACGGAGGCUCGGACUCCGACACCCCCGAUCGUAGAGGAUGAACAGCUUGCUUGUGACUUCGUCGAACACGCACUCCGCGAACGAGUUCCUUUUGCCGUUGACACCCUAGACUCGGACAAUCACUAUGACGAGACCAUACAGAAUAACCUUCCAGAACAAUCCUUUCAACGUGGUGCUUGGAUCCUGCAUGAAAGACUGAGGCACAAGAAGCUUGAAGUCCACAUCAGUGGGACUCGCGACAAAAUAGUGUUUAGGCAAGGAAAGCUCGAAGGCAAAGACGGGUACCUCGUCGUGACGAGUCGCAUCUACAACGUCGAAGCUUCGGUACUCGUCAAGAUUGAUUCAUCGGCCAGAGAGCCAACGACUAGAAUCCCUGUGAAGUACCUUUCGCCGAAAUAUUCAGACUUUCCGAUCGGAACGAGGGUUGUGAUCAUCGGCGGCGAGGUGCAAGAUGAACAUUCUCGCGAUCACGAAACAUGGAUCGGGUCUUACGGGGUAGUCGCCCCAUGCGCUUACGACCUGCAUCCAGAGUGUAGGAUGGUGGCAAAGCUGAAUGGCAAGGUUAUAUAUAUUGAUAGGUUAUUGAUAGGCAGUUAUGCGAUUGAUGAUGCAGACGAUGACGGCACGGACGAGGACAAGGACGGCAGGGACAAACUCCAAUUUUGCCUGUUGUUCUUGGUAACUGUCACAUGA